AUGCCGGUUACGAUCUAUGAGGGCAAUACUCUUUAUUUGAUCAACUAUGUGACGCAGAUUCUCUGCUUCGCGCUGGUGACGCCUUUUGUUUUUCUUCGACUUUGCAUCCGAGCGAGAUUCAAGCAGCUUCUUGGUAUCGAUGAUGGAUCGUGUUUCAUUGCAUGGAUAUCAUACAUCGCCACCAUCCUCUACUCACCCACAGUCCUCUUUGUCAAGAUCAGCCUCCUCCACAUCCUCAUCCGGGUAUUCCAACCCUUCCACAGAGGAAUGAUAUCCCUGUACUGCCUCUUGGCUGCAGUAAUCACCUACUACUUCAUUAUAACCUUCAUCAAGAUCUUCAAUUGCAACCCGGUCUCCGCCUACUGGAAAGGCACCGCAAGAGCGGGCGGCACAUGUCUCAGCCAGCCGGGCGUGAUUAUCGCGGACUCCGUGAUCAGCCUUGUGACGGACGUUGCCAUCUUUGCGUUUCCGGUGGCAUUCACCUGGUCUUUGCAAAUGCCGAUUCAUAAGAAGGUCAAGGUUGUAUUGUUGCUCGGGCUUGGGGGUGUGGCGGUUGCGUUUAGUAUCUACCGGCUGGUGGUUGGGAUUCGGGAGAAUGGGGUUCUGAAGAGAGGGGCGCCUAAUGAGACCAGGCUGUUUAUGGAGUCGAUUUUGACGGCGAAUGCGGAAGUGGGUCUGGGGUUGAUCUGUGCUUGUCUGCCGGCGUUGAAUGUUCUUACCACCCAUCGCCACCCUCUAUCUGAAAGGUCUUAA